AUGCCGAACCACGACGAGUAUGUUGAGAACCCGCACUCGUACAGCCCAUCACCAGAGACCAAACCCGAAGUCAACCCCAGCGAGCUGCCUCAAACACCCAAAAAGUCCCUCAGCAAAAAGAAGACCAUCGCCUCCCCGUCGGCCAAGACUUCUCUCGUCGGUUCGCCCUCGAAAGACAAGGCUCGGGAGAUGAAGCGGAUCGCUCUGGAGGCGUUGUUCGAGAUGGGAGUGAGGGGUGAGGCGGCGAACAGUAUCGCAGCUCAGAGCGGACUCACCACGAAGCAAGUCGGCGACCUCUUUAGGACCAACCGACAAAACAUGCGUUCGAAGGCCAUGGCCAUCUUCGAUUCGGGGGGACUUUGA